ACAACUGAUAAUGUCUAAUUUCCGUUCACACUGCGUGUUUCUGUGUCUGUAUUUACGGUAACGUCCGUUGAACUCAACCAACGGCUUCCUCUCGUGGCUGCAUAGAAGCAUUGCAACUUGACUCGCGACCGUUAAACACGUAGUUAGCAUUAAUUAGCUCAAAACAAGGCAUCUUUUUUUAACAUUUAUCCAGGUUUAAACAAGCACCAUUACCAACUGGAGUCAGUGAAUACAUGAUAUGCCCCAAACUUUCCUCAAAUGAGAGGAAACUUUCCACCUUCAAGCGUUCCCCCCUGGUAGUCCCUCCUCUUCUCCCAACUCCCGUCUCCUCCGUGGGGUUUGUUUCUGGGACCAUGGCGCUCCGCUCUGGUUGUACCUCUGUAUACGUGGCGUUUUAUUUUGUUUUUACAACAUCAGUUAACUUCACUUUAGUAACCCCAGUCAGUGUCAGCGCCAAUGCUCUGUCACUGCUGCAGCCGUAUGAUUUUUUGUAUUACAGUGGAGUACGUGCAUAUUUUGGUGGGGAGUGGGGGAAGGCUGCGGAGCUGCUGGAGAAAUCCGUGACCACCAAGGAGUCACUGUUCAGAGUCCGCAGACAGUGUUAUGAUGAGUGUGUGGCAGCAGGGAAAGAGGCGCUUUACAAACUCGACUCUGAAGAGGGGAGUCUGUGGGACCUCUGGGCCUUGGAUUGGAUGCAGCAGAAAGCUGAAUGUAUGAGGUUCUGCAUCGGACGCUCUGUUACACCUGCAGGGCAGCUCCCUGUUUCUACAGACAUAGAGUAUGAAUUUGGCAGUCGCAACCCAUACAACUUUCUGCAGGUCACAUACUACAAGUUGGGAAAGCUGCAGAAGGCGGCAUCUGCAGCUCAUACCUACUUUGUGGCCAACCCCAGUCACCUGGAGAUGAGGAACAACAUUGAGAAGUACAGACGGAUGGAAGGAGUGACUGAGGAGGCCUUCCAGGACAGAGAGAUUGAGAAUGAGAAACACUGGGUCCUGUAUGAUUCUGCAGUUCAGCAUGAGGCCUCCUCUGACUGGGCACAAGCAGCAGAGAAAUGGAAAGCAUGUGUGAAUGAAACACUGCGGCAGACAGAUGAGUGCAGGUUACAGUGUGAGGUGGCUUUCCAACGGCUGCCUGAGGACAGGGGAGUGGACACUGUUGACGGCGCAUAUGAGAAGGCUGCAGAUCUUUCCCUCUCCCUGCUCUCGUGCCGACAGUACUGUGUGACUCAGAUAGCCACAAGACCCGGAAGGAUUUCAGCUCAGGAGGACUUCCUGCCCUCACAGCUGGAGCAUCUGCAUAUUGCACAGUUUAAAGCUGGUGAUAUUAGUGGAGCAGUACAGACUCUUCGCUCUCUUCUCCUGUUUUACCCUUCUGACAAGGACUCUUUAGACAACCUGCAGCUCUACUCUGAGACACUAGGAGGAGUCACAGAGUCACAGGGCCUACAGCCUGCGCAGGAGAUUGUCAGGUACGUCAGUCGCUCUUUGCAGGAGAAGAAGCUGCUGUACUUUGGGAUGGAGAACCUUGACUUCAGUUUUAUCGACCCAGAUCUUUGGACUCCAGAAGAUGUUGUACCUGAAUCAUUGAGGAAAAUCUGGAGAGCUGAAAAAGAGAAAAUGAAUGAUAAAUUGAAAACGGGAGAGCAGCAGGAGGACGUGGAUGACAGUGGAUUUUUUGCAGGUGGUGCGGUCCCUCAGGUGGGUGUGACCAUCACCAUGGAUGACGUGGUUCUGAACGGGACCAAUCGCGUAGUACUCGACGGAGUCAUGACUGAGAAGGAGUGUGGCAAAAUACUGCAGUUAGCAGCAGCUGCAGCAUCUGCCGGAGACGGUUACCGGGGACGACGGUCUCCGCACACGCCGCAUGAGACGUUUGAGGGUCUGACUGUCCUCAGGGCUGUGAAGUUGGCUCAGGAUGGCAUGGUGAACCAAUCAGAUGCCAAGUUGUUACAUGAGCUGGGCGAAAGAGUGAGAGUCCUGCUGCACUCCUACUUCAGGAGUCCCUCGGGACUCUUCAUCUCUUUCACACACCUGGUCUGCCGCAGUGCGAUCGCAGGCGACCAGGAGGGCAGACUGGAUCUGUCUCAUCCUGUCCAUGUUGACAAUUGUCUCCUUGAGCCGGAGACCAAGCAGUGCUGGAAGGAACCACCAGCAUUUGUACACAGAGAUCUCAGUGCCGUUCUCUACCUGAAUGACAACUUUGACGGUGGAGAAUUAUUCUUCACUAACAGGGAUGCAAAGACAAUAACAGCUCGAGUAAAGCCCAGCUGCGGUCGACUGGUGGGUUUCUCCUCAGGUCCAGUAAAUCCACAUGGUGUUACUGCAGUGACCAGUGGCCGGCGGUGCGCGCUGGCCCUCUGGUUCACAAAAGAGAAGCUCUACAGAGACAUGGAGCGAGAGGAGGCGGAGGACAUAUGGGCUGCAGACGGGCAGAGCGUGGUGAAAAAGGACAAGGAGGAGGGAGAGGGCAGCCCCGCUCGGAACGCCCGGAGCCAAGCACCGAAGGAGAGGAGCAGAGGGAGAGGCACAGUGACAGGGGGCAGAGAUGAGCUGUAAGAGCCAGAAUAAACCUGACAGACUGAACCAACCAAAAAUGGAGUAAUAUUCCCAUUUGCGUCCACUCUAAUGUACUGUACCACUCAGUCAUCCCAUAACAGGACCAUCACAACAACCACAGACACAUCUAUGUUUAGAUUUCUUUUGUUUUUAUCGACACAGUCGCUCUUCAUCUUGCUGCCUUCUUAUAUAAAACUGCUUGCAUGUGUGUAUAUGCUGUAUUUAUACUAUAUGAUGAAGGUAAGUGAGGGAAACACUGUCCUUUCCUCUGUCCUCUGUUUGAAGAGAUUAAAAGACAAAAUAAAUGUGACUCUUUAC